UUAAUCCACUAGCAAAACAAGUGUUUCCUUUGUUUAAGAUCUUUGACAGAGACAUUUGCUUGAUUUUAUAUCACAUUAGCCCGUAGCUUGAUUAUGACAUUUUGAUUCUUUAACCUCUCCUCAGCUCUUUCCUUGCCCACAAGUUGUACAAAUUAUGAAGAAAAGUCUGACAUGGCUGGAGAAUGAAUAUGACAAAGAAAAUAUGUUUGAUUUUUUCCCAUUGUAUGGCUUUAUGGUCUUCCAUGGAGGUCAACUUCCUUCUUUGCCCGUCUUUAUUCGUAAUGACAUACUCGGCUAUAAACAUCUUGGGCGUUUGUUCUUGUUUCGAUCUCUCUUCUUCGGAAGAAAAGAAAGCAACUCUCACUCAGACAAGAAGAUCUGGCUGUUGAUAUAGCUCAAGGAGGUUAUGAUUCUUCUUUGUCAACCUCAAUGGACGGGGAAAAUAUAUUUGGCUCUCAUUUUUUUCUUGGAAAAACAUUCACCACGUGACGAGAUAAAAAUUAGUCAGCAUGUCCUUGAACAUUCGAGCUCUUCUCGUGAUCUUAUUUGCAACAGUUUAUCCCGUAGCUUCUGCAUCAAACACAACGUUCCCUCUGGCGAAACAAGGUUGUGUGGAGACUUGUGGGAAUGUCACCAUCCCAUAUCCGUUCGGCACUUCAGAAGGGUGUUAUUAUGAUGAACAAUUUUUGAUAACUUGCAAUCAUACUUAUGACCCUCCUCUUGCUUUCUUGACACAUAGUGACAUCAAUGUCACAAACAUAAGACUUGAUGGGAAACUGCACAUCAUGCAAUUCAUUGCUCGCAACUGCUAUAACCAAUCAGGAUCGUAUAUUUAUGGGAAUAUUCCAUCCCUCACCUUGGCCAAGUUCAUCAUCUCAGACACUGAGAACAAGUUUGUUGCCGUUGGAUGUGAUACUGAGGCUUCAAUCCGAGGUUUCCAGAAGGAUUCCGACAAAGGGUACACAACUGGAUGCUUAUCGAUAUGUGAUGAUAUAAGCUACGUAGCGAAUGGAUCAUGCUCGGGUAUCGGGUGCUGUCAAACCUCCAUUGCUAAAGGAGUGAGUUUCUUCAACAUCAGUUUGAGUAGCUAUAGAAACCAUGUGGACGUCUGGGAUUUCAAUCCUUGUAGCUUUGCCUUUGUCGUGGAAGAAAAAAGCUUCAACUUUACCUCAAAUGAUCUCCGUGAUCUCGAUCUUAUCGAGGUCAUCCCAGCAGUUCUUGACUGGUCAAUAGGAAAUGUGCCAUGCAAGGAAGCACAAGAGAACAAGACGAGCUAUGCAUGCAGAAGAAAUAGCAAGUGUACUGAUGCAUCAAACGGGUCCGGCUAUCAAUGUAUUUGCCGAGAUGGGUAUGAAGGGAAUCCAUACCAUCCUGAUGGUUGUCAUGACAUAAAAGAAUGUGAAAAUAAGAAUCUGAAUAACUGCACGCAUGUCUGCAACGAACUGGAGGGAGGUUAUAGCUGUGCUUGUCCCAAAGGAUACCAUGGAGAUGGAGUAAAAGGUGGCCUAGGUUGCACUCGAGAUCAAUCUAUAACGCUUCAGCUGGCAAUUGGACUUGGAGCAGGCAUACCAGUGGUGCUUGCAAGUAUGAUAUGGAUGUACAUUGGAUACAAGAAAUGGAGGAUAGUGAAACUGAGGGAGAAGUUCUUCAAGGAAAACGGAGGGCUAAUGUUGCAGCAAGAGCUUUCUGCAAGGGAAGCAUCAUCAAAUAGAGAAUCUGCAAAGAUCUUCUCGGCUGAAGAGCUCAAGAAAGCUACAAACAACUAUGAUGACAGCAAAAUCACGGGCAAAGGAGGUUAUGGCACGGUUUACAAAGGCAUUUUGGCCGAUGGGCGAGUAGUUGCCAUCAAGAAGUCAAAGGUGAUUGAUCAAAGUCAGAUUGAGCAAUUCAUCAACGAAAUGCUCAUUCUUUCUCAGAUCAACCAUAGAAAUGUGGUGAAGCUUUUAGGAUGCUGUCUCGAAACCGAAGUGCCUUUGCUGGUCUAUGAGUACAUCACCAAUGGCACCCUCUUUGACCACAUCCACAAUAAUAAAAGCAAUGUCUCGGCGCUGAAUUGGGAGACCCGUUUGAGGAUUGCCACCGAAACUGCAGGUGUUUUGUCCUACUUACAUUCUUCUGCUGCUAUACCGAUCAUACACAGAGACAUCAAGUCCACAAACAUACUUCUGGAUGAUUCUUACACGGCAAAAGUCUCAGACUUUGGAUCGUCGAGGUUAGUUCCUCUGGAUGAAGUAGCUUUGUCUACAAUGGUUCAAGGAACUCUCGGGUAUCUCGAUCCAGAAUAUUUGCAGACAAGCCAAUUGACCGAGAAAAGCGACGUUUACAGCUUUGGAGUUCUUUUCUUGGAGCUUUUGACAGGAAAAAAGGCAGUAUCUUUCGAAAGGUCGGAAGAGAAGAGGAGUCUUGCAAUGUACUUCCUCUCUGCAUUAAAAGAAGACCGGUUUUUGGAGAUUAUCGAGCAGUGUGUGGUGAAGGAAUGCAAAGCCGAGCAUCUGAAAGAAGUUGCCGAUCUCGCCAAGAGGUGUUUACGGGUGAGAGGAGAUGACAGGCCAACAAUGAAAGAAGUGGCAAUGGAACUAGAAGGGCUUUUGAGAGAAACAGGAAAGCAUCCAUGGAUGAUGAAGCAAGAAAGGUAUUCCGAAGAAACUGUGUAUCUACUCGGUGGACAUAUGGACUCGGCGGCUGAGUUCAACACUGGCACAAGCUCUGCGUAUGAUGACAGCAUGAAGGACGGUAUCGUUCUUCUUGAAGUUGGCAAUGGAAGAUGAUGAUGCUUCAGUUCUCUGUUUCUUCUGCUGAUUGGUAAACAGAGAAGUCUGUACAUAACCGGUUUCAGAUUUCCGGUUUAAUCCUUGUUUAUGUUCGGUUUAUUUGGGUUUAAAAGAAGGGAUGAUGUACCCAUUUCUUCAUCUUAUGCGAUCAUAAUGUUAAUGAUCAUCAUCAUGUCAUUUGUGUAUCAAAUCA